AUGAGAUGUAUAAUCAAAACCGAAAGCAUGUGACGAUGGAUUAUUCGAUCCUCCUGAACCCUCCAGUUGUAGUGGAGCAUGCAAUCUCAGUUGUACCUGUUCCUGUGAAACCGUGGCCCCAGAGAUUCCCGAUACUUCAGGAUCGUGAAUACCAACAUCAGCUAUUUGUUGAGCCAGAUUGUUCACCACGGUAUCACGGACGAUAUUCCGUUGUGGCUGAUUGCUUAAAAGCUCACGAACGUACUGCAUUUCGAGUCACACCUUCCGACUGCAUCGAUGUCGGUGGCCUGUUUUCGGAUCUCAUGGCGGACAGUCCAUACGAAAUGUGCCUGCCUUCCUCCAAGAGCGGAUUUGGCAUUGGUCCAUUCAUAGACCGACCUUGAUUUGAAGAAGACGAAUAGCCAGGUACACUUAUUUGGGAAACCCCUGGCUGCUCUGCUGUUGUAGCUAAAGCCCCCAUGGUCCGAGGAAUAGCUGCCUCCGUCGCCAAAUCUGGCUGAACUGUGGAAUUCAGCAAGGGUACUCCAUCCUCCCUUGGCAACAUGGAGAAUCCGUUUAAAGCGGCAUUCCGAGGCAGGUUCAGACUAUCAUCCCGACUGUAUCCAUCUUGUCCAUCGUGGUAGUCGUCCCAGAAUGGAUUCGUCACGCCGAGCGAGGUGACGGUCUCCCUUGGUUCCGAGGGUAUUAACGAUUCUCCUGGUCCCGUUGUCAGCUGGGAGAUCGCAGGUUGAUUCUCAGUAACUCGUUCCAACCGUGUGCUGGAUUGAAUUGUACGGAAAGGUAGCUGAAAUCCUUCGGCCGAAAGUUGAAUUCUCGCUGCCUGAUUCAGCUCCGCUUGAAGAUUGUUUCGUGCUGGGAAGCGACUGUCCAACGAAAACCUAGUGUCCGAAUUCGGCCAACUGGUGGAGGGAUUCGUCGUCAGCUGGUCCGCCCAGACGAGACGCUGCGCCCGAGCAGGGUUGACGUCUUCCAUUUCGCGUUGAAGACUGUAAUCUUCUCCAGGCCCAGGAGGUGUAACCAGAGUCCUCUGAGAGUCCGAGGUACGAUUCAUAUUCAUGAAAUUAUUCACUCUGUAGUCUCUAUCAGACA